ACACACAAUUGUUUUAUAGAUAGUUGGGUUGUGAUUUAUACCGUUAUUGGAAAUGAUAAAAUCUUCAUUGUUUUAUCAACUUUUGUGCGUGAAUAUUAAUGACACGAAAAGGACCUUAUAGUGCACAAUAAUAUCAUAGUUUCCACACAAAAUGGAGAACAUUAGCAUUGUAAAUAACAAAAGUAACCAGUUGGAUGAAGAAGAUGUUUCUAUACAUCUCGGGGACGACGAAAUAUUGUCCUGUAACGGGGCAGCAAGUGAUAGUUUAAUAUCAGAAACAACUGCAUUAUUGUCCUCUGAAGACAGUCAUUUACAUCUGCAACAAUCUUUUACUGGACAAAAUCCAACAUUAAGUUCAGAUUCAGAUAUCCAAUUACAUUGUUCUCAAUUUCCUCUUCAAAAAAGAGAUUUUAGAAACUCGUCAGUAAACGAACUUUCUGAUGAAACGUUUCUCAAACUGAACAUUGAUGAGGAGUUUCGUGACCUUCCGGAUGGUAAACAAUAUCAUUUAUUUGUGUCAUAUUCCUCUGGAGACGUUAUUGAAGUCAACAAGAUUUGUGGACAACUCGAGAAAAGAUUUUUCUUGAAAUGUUUGAACUAUGAAAGGGAUUUUACUCCUGGAAAGAGGAUAGAUCAAAACAUUUACGAUACAAUGAUACAGAGUGUAGCUGUAUUGACAGUUUUGAGUCCUAAUUUCAUUGAGAGCUCAUGGUGUAUGACAGAAGCUCAACAUGCUCUAGAUCUAUCGUAUAAGUCUAGGAACCAUUUAAGACUGAUUCCUAUUCUUAUCCGUACUCCAGACGAAGAAUUACCAACGUUAUUGAAAUCUCAUCGCUACAUAGAUGCACGGAACAUAGAAGACAUUCCAGCCAAAAUAUUUGAUGUGUAUUCCAAUCCUGGUGUAAACAAACUUGAAUUCAUAGAACAGACAGUCGAUAAAAGCGGUCAGAAUGGUGCAACAAAUUGGUACCUCCAAGCCGAUAGGCAUUCACAUCUUUGUGAUAAAGUGUAUACCUAUCAGUUUCCUAAAUUAACAGAAGCAAAUGUGGACAAAAUAACAGCCUACAAUCCUAAUUGUGAAGAACAAGUCAGGACUGUGAUAUCGUAUGUGAAUAAUCAUACAUUUAUAAAGUACUACAGAAUACUUAACAGCCAGACGUGCUCAUGUUUAGCCUGUUUACUAGUAUGGAUGAUAACAGCCCUAAUUUCUUUAGCACUGGGCAAUUUUAUAAUAACCAUAAGGCGGAAUACAGAAGGAUCGACGGGAUUGGUUUUGAUGUCAGUUGGAGCUGUAGUUGUAUCUAUUGCAGCAAGUUGUGCAUGGUGUAUUGCUUUUUCAAAAAAAAAAUCAAAAUUAUUGGUUAACCUACAGACUGGGAUUUGGAACAUAAACGAAAAAUAUUACGAAAGCAGCAAGUGUUUGAUUGAGUUUGUAACUUACACUGAUUAUCCCUGUCUUGAAGGAACUAGAUAUGACACAUCAAAAUGCAAGGAACAUUUAUGUUCAUUUGUGAAGAAUAAACUAGAAUGGGAUGUGGAAGAAAGAAUCAAAGUGUAUGUGAACACUCUCAUUAAAAAAAUGCUAAAAGCCUUGCAAUUCAAAGGAUUCAAAAACUGGAGGUUAUUUGAAGAAUGUGAAUUCAAUAUUCAUAAUACCUGGAAAAACAGACAAUGUCUUUGUCAAAUGAUAGAAAAAGAGCUGAAUGCCAUGUUAAAAUAAUGGACAUGAAGGUUGUGUAAGGUUUCGAAUAGUUUCCUUCGGGAUGAAGUUAAUUCCAGAAAAACGCCAAGAGCACUAAAUUUGUAACCUUUUUGUACUUGUUCAGCAAUGCAUUCUUUAUAUAAAUUUAUAUAUA